AUGUCAACUAGUGAGUUUCUACGUUCCUCUCCAACUAGGGAUGAUAAUGAUAAUGAUUAUGAUCUUAAGAAACCUAUAAUUUCUACUCAGACACCUUUACAUAACAAGAUUUCUUCUAUCCCAUUAACUAAAUCAUCAACAUCAACAUCUUUAAAGAAUCAACAACAACAACAACAACAAUUUACAAUGGGUACACCAUCUAUAACUGCAUCAGCGUCGAAAUAUAUCAACCAAUCCUUAAACUUGAGUGGAUGGACACCAUUAAUUUCCAAAACUUAUUCCAAUGAACAAUUAUUAUUAUUCAAUUCAACACCAAACAGACUUGUAUUUUCAAACAACACUAAUAAUAAUAAUAAUAACAACAACAACAACAACAAUAGUAAUAGCAACACUUCCAUAAAUGAUUUAGAUUUCCAAGGGUUUGGUUUAACUCCUUUUAUAAAUCAUAAUAUUAAUGUUUUGGGUAGUGCUACAUCAACAAAUCAAUUCAAUCCUAAUUUUACUCCUUAUCAUGAAAAAAUCUUUCAAAAUGCUAAUGAUUUUUAUAUCGAUUCACCAAUUAGAUUUGGUAUUAAUAAUAAUAAUAAUAAUACUACUACUAAUAAUAAUAAUAGUAAUAACAAUCAAAACUUUACUUCGAAUCAAGAUAUUCAAGCUAUUACUCCUUCAAAAUUUACUCUUAAUAGUGUUGCUAAUAAGAAAAUCUUACAAGAUCCUUUGAAAAGUGCUACCAAAAGAUCAAUAGCUUUACUUGAUACUCCACCUAGACAACCUCAUAAAUUGAGUAUUACUACCAAGGCAGAGAAAAAUGAAAUUGAUACGCCAGAACAUGAAACAAAUGGGAAAGAAAGUAUAAACAAUGAUGAUGAUGAUGAUGAUAAUAAUAAAGAAAACAGAAAUUCAAGUUUGGUAAAUGAUAAAUUAAAAGUACUUCAAAAGAAAAUUGAAAUUGAAGCUGAAGUCGAAGUUGACGAUGAUGAUGACGAUGACGAUGAUGAAGAUUUUGAUAAAAAGGCAUUUUUGCAAACACCAUCCAAAGUUCUUCGAGAUGUCACUAAUAAACCAAAAAUCCAAUUUCAAACUCCAGCAAAGCAAAAAUUAUUAGCACCUAGUUCACCAUCUACAAUUAUUAUUUCCAGUCCAGCUAAAGGAGAUGACGAUGACGAUGAAGAAAAAGAAGAAGAAGAAGGAAACGAUAAAGAUGGAAUUCGUGGUAACAAGAAGGGGAAGAGUAAUAUUGUGAUCAAUAUUGAGAAUGAUAAAGAUGAUGAAUCUUUAAUGGUGCCACCGAGUCCAACACCAGCGAAAAAUUUACCUAAAAAACCAAUGAUGGGAGUAUUUUCUGAAAAGAAAUCGAAUUCAACUACUGGUGGCAAUCAAAAUUUAUUUAGUCAUUUCAACAAUAAAACAGAUGAUAUAAUUGGUAAUAAUAAAUUUAAAAACAAGAAUAAAUCCAAACACAAUCAACUGGCCCAACCACUGCAACCACAACUAUCCCAAUCCCAAUCACAGCCACAACCACAAUCGACAACUUUCAAUUUUAAGGACAAUAGGAAAAAAGCAGCAAAUAAAGCAAAAAUGCAAGCAGGUAUGAAUAAAUUUCAAAUUGUAUUAACUGACGUACACACAUUAAUCAAUAAGAAGAAGAAAAACACCAAAGAUGAUGAUCAAAAGAAACAACAACCACAGCAGCAACAAAAACAGAAAGAACUGCAAAAAGAGAAACAACAACAAACAAGUAAUAAUAAAUCUGAUAAAAAGAUUAUAUCAAAACAAUCAACACAGUCUCUACCGCCUCCACCACCACCACCACCACAAGCACCAACAUUAACAACAACUCCACAAUUAACUCAUCAACUGUCAUCAUUACAAGAUCACAAUGUAACUAUGAAUAGUUCUAAAGAUCAUAGUAGUAUAAUAUCUGCCGGUAAUAACAGUAUGAAUACUAGUCAUUUUAAUAUUACAACUGAUCAUUCAUCAUUUGAAUUUGGUGGAUUAUCAUCAACGCCGAAUUCGAAAUUUUUAUUAGAUAAAAUAUUUGAAAAGCCAUCACCACAAACCACCAAUUAUUUCUUACAACAACAACAACAACAGCAACAACAAAUCCAACAAAUCCAACAAAUCCAACAACUACAACAAUUACAACAAUUGCAACAACAACAACAACAAAUUAUACUGAUGAUACCUUCACAAGAUGGAUCAAAUAGUACAAUGCCACCACCUCUAGGAAAACAACAACAACAACAACAAUCAGUACAAUUUAUUGCUUCACAAUUCCCAUUAAUGACAAUGACAAUGUCAACUCCUCAACAUCAAGGUAUAAUUAAUUACAAUCCUCAAAUUUUUACCAAUAAUGGUUCUUCAAUAAAUAAUGAUGGUAAUAGUAGUACUACUAGUAGUAGUAAUAGUCAAGAAACUUCACCUGAUGGAUUAUUUAAUUAUGGUAGUACACCACAAGGAAUUUCAAUGUUUCAAAGUGGUCAUACUGGUGGUCAUAGUCUUCAUUCAUUUAAUCAAUCAAGAUCUACUACUGGUACUACUGAUAAUAAUAAUACUCUUCCUCAAUUUGAUGAAGAAAUGUGA